GGCUGAGGCUGGAGCUGGGAGCAGUGGCCCUUCCGCAGGAGCUGGAGCGGGAGGCGGCGGCGAGCAGGGCGCACGCGGAGCAGGACGCGCGGGCGGGACGCUGCGCGGGGCCGGGCCGGACGCGGAGACGAUGGUGACCGUGGGCCGCCGCUGACCUGCUGCGCUGCUCCGGGCUGCCGAGCGCAGGCCUGCUCCCGCCGCGGUGAACCUGCGGGCUCCUUCCCACCAGGAGUUUUGGAAAGGAAACGGGGAGGGAGGGAGGGAGGGAGGCGGAGAGGGAGGCGCCGGAGCUGGUGCGUGCGCUGGGGCACAGUCCGCUAUGACCGUGCUCGCCCUCGGCGCUGGAAGACGGCUGGCUUCCGUGCAGCACUCGGGGGCGGCUUUCCUGCAGACCUUGCUGUGGAUUUUAUGUGCUGCCGUCUGCGGAGCGGAGCAGUGCUUCAAUGUGGAGGUCUGGUUACAGAAGUACGGCUACCUGCCCCCGACGGACCCCAGGAUGUCGGUGCUGCGCUCGGCGGAGGUCAUGCAGUCCGCGCUGGCCGCCAUGCAGCACUUCUACGGCAUCAACAUGACCGGGAAGGUGGACAGGGACACCAUCGACUGGAUGAAGAAGCCUCGAUGUGGAGUGCCCGACCAGACCACAGGUAGCUCCCAGUUUCACGUCCGCCGAAAACGAUACGCGUUGACGGGGCAGAAGUGGCAACACAAGCACAUAACCUACAGCAUAAAGAACGUGACUCCCAAAGUCGGAGACCCUGAGACCCGGAAAGCUAUCCGCCGAGCCUUCGACGUGUGGCAGAACGUGACCCCCCUGACCUUCGAGGAGGUCCCCUACAGUGAGCUGGAGAGCGGCAAGCGGGACGUGGACAUCACCAUCAUUUUCGCGUCUGGUUUCCAUGGAGACAGCUCGCCCUUCGAUGGAGAGGGAGGCUUCCUGGCGCACGCCUACUUCCCGGGCCCGGGCAUCGGGGGCGACACGCACUUCGACUCGGACGAGCCCUGGACGCUGGGGAACCCGAACCACGACGGCAAUGACUUGUUUCUCGUGGCUGUUCACGAGCUGGGACACGCCCUGGGCCUGGAGCACUCCAACGACCCCACGGCCAUCAUGGCCCCGUUCUACCAGUACAUGGAGACCGACAGCUUCAAGCUGCCCAGCGAUGACUUACAGGGCAUCCAGAAGAUCUACGGGCCACCUGACAAGACCCCCCCACCCACGCGACCUCUGCCGACGGUCCCCCCACACCGCUCUGUUCCUCCGGCCGACCCUCGGAAGAAUGACCGGCCCAAGCCUCCCCGGCCGCCCACGGGCCGACCUUCCUACCCGGGAGCCAAACCCAACAUCUGCGACGGGGACUUCAAUACUCUCGCCGUUCUCCGCCGGGAGAUGUUCGUUUUCAAGGACCAGUGGUUCUGGAGGGUGAGGAACAACAGGGUGAUGGAGGGGUACCCCAUGCAGAUUGCGUACUUCUGGCGGGGCCUGCCGCCCAGUGUGGACGCCGUGUACGAGAACAGCGACGGGAACUUUGUCUUCUUCAAAGGUAACAAGUACUGGGUGUUCAAGGACACGACCCUCCAGCCGGGCUACCCACACGACCUGGUCACCCUGGGAAGCGGAAUUCCGCCUCACGGCAUCGAUUCGGCCAUCUGGUGGGAGGACGUGGGGAAAACCUAUUUCUUCAAGGGGGACAGGUAUUGGAGAUACAGCGAGGAGAUGAAAACCAUGGACCCCGGGUACCCCAAGCCCAUCACCGUGUGGAAGGGCGUCCCCGCCGCGCCGCAGGGGGCGUUCGUGCACAAGGAGAACGGCUUCACGUACUUCUACAAAGGAAAGGACUACUGGAAAUUCAACAACCAGAUCCUGAAGGUGGAGCCCGGCUACCCCAGGUCCAUUCUCAAGGACUUCAUGGGCUGCGAGGGCCCCACAGACAGAGACAAGGACAGCCCGAGCGCGCCGGACGACGUGGACAUCGUCAUCAAGCUGGACAACACGGCCAGCACCGUGCGGGCCAUCGCGGUGGUCAUCCCGUGCACGCUGGCCCUGUGCCUGCUGGUCCUGCUCUACACCGUGGUCCAGUUCAAGCGGAAAGGGACGCCGCGGCACAUACUGUACUGUAAGCGCUCGAUGCAGGAGUGGGUGUGAAGGCUCGGCCUCCGUCUUCCCCAGGAGUUUGUGCUAACUUGAGGUCCGAGACGAGAGCCGUUGUGUUCUGCUGGUUCCUGGCUAGCAGCAGGCUGGCGCGGCCCGCGGGGCGGCCGGCCCCGCACGUGAGUGGAAGUGCAGCCGCGGGAGGCUCCGUGAUGCGCCGCCCCCGCCUUUCUCUGCCCUUGUUCUUCGCCCUUCAGCUGUAGGCCUGCCCUCUGCACGCUCAAUGCCCAGUACAUUUUCAGGAGUAACCCGAGAAGAGGGAAACAAGAAGAAAAGGUUCUUCUCAGAGGUUUCUAACAGGAUUUUCCUUCUGAAGUCUGAGCCCAAUUCUUGGGGGGAGGGGGAGGGAAGCAAAACAGAAAACCCACAAAGAAAAGUGAAGGAGGUUACACAGAAAACCCACAACUGAACUUUCAGGAAAGUGUGAAGACCCAAAACAGCUUUGUCUCCAAAGAAGAGAGCUCUGACUGCUCGGGAAAGUCUCGUGUGUGUGUCCUUGUGUCAGGCGGGGUGGGGACGCACAGGAAGCCACUGUCGGGACUGCCGUUUUCCAGAACACAAGGGGCCAAAAUCUCUGCAAUAUAGUAACAGCCUUAAUGAGACACCCAUUUUUCGUUUUCUACAGCUGGUCUCAGCCAUGUGUCCGUGUCCGUACCAUGUAUACUCAGAGUGAGAUUCAGACAGGACCUUCGCAUUGUUCGGAAGUGUCUCUGCCCUUCUGCCACCUCGCCCGUGUCACUGUGGUGACCCCCCCCAAGCUGUUUUAGGCCAUUGCCCCGGCCUUCCCUGGUCUGUCGGGAAUAUUCGUUAGAGGGAGCAAGAAGCAGUAUGUCCCUGACGUGGUCUGAAGCGCCAGUUGUCUCAGAUGGCUAUUUGACACUAGUGACACGUCAGUGUAACCCUUUGGGAACUGUCAGACCAGCUUUCGGAGUCGCAGGGUCGUCAGCUUUGCUGUGUGGUGGUUUGCAGGACGGGCGGUGGGGACGCCAGGCACAGCUUCAGGAAGGUCAGGUUUUUAAAGCAGAUAUCCUAUAACCCCAUGUAAUUUUUAAGUGACUUACGGUACUGCAGAAAUGCAUUUAUGACACACAGAGAUGAUGUUACUUGCCAAACAAUUUCCUGGCAAAUAAAAAGGUAUUUUAUUAAGUAUCUUGUAAGAGUGAAAUUUUAUUGGAACAAAUGCUGAUAAUGGCCUGUCUUGUUCGUUGUUGUUAGAUGCAUCGCAUUUCUGUUUGAAAACCCAUCGCAUGACAGUUUAGCGUGCCUUGGUCCAGGCAGGGCCCUCGCCGUCUGACAGGUGCAUGCAGGUAGGUGUGGCUGGGCGCCCAUCACCUGCCGCACGGCCGCCGUAGUUCUCCAAGGGUUGGCAUGGCUGCCGACGGCUGGCACCCGUCUGACCGCUGACAGAGCCCACAGGCCGCAGAGCCGCUCACCGUGGCGCUGACUCGUCCCGGCACCAGUGCCGCCACUUUCGCGUGACCUGUGGAGCAGGUUUGUACUGGUAUUUUUUCCUAGAGAAAAGCCAGCACCCAACAGACUUCGCUGUUGAUUUUCCGAGCUGCUUCUUGCCAUGGGAGGCGUCUGGCUGCUGGGCUGUGACCUUGUAGAGACAGUCAGAGGGAGCCCCCCACCGAGGAGCCCCCAGGAGCCAGGCCCUGGCUUCGUGGGGACGCCCGAGUGUGAGGAGAUCCUCUGGAGACAGUGAGCAGCUUGCCUGGAACUUGGUUUCCCAUCCGCUGGCUGGCUCUUACCCGUUGUCUUCUGUGGCAGUUGUCCUUGGAGAGCCCUGCUCUGUCGGUGCCCUCUGGCCUUGAACUUGCAAAUGCGCAGAUGGAGGACGCCUCUGCCGCUCCUCCACUGGGUGGGAACUGUUCUCUGAACUCCUGGUGAGUGGACGCUGUUUGCCUCGAGUGGAUGGACACAUGGACGCUCUGCUGUCACAUGCACUCCAGAGCCCCGGAGGGAGAAGGGACUUUUCAUUUUCCUAUAAUGUAAUUUCAAGUCUAAAUUCAUCAUUUUAGGACAAAUAUAAAACUAUAAGAGAAAAAAAAUCCUCACAAUACUUGAAUUGCCAGUGUGGCUUUUAUGUAAAGCAGGAAUUUUAUACUGGUGAGAAUUUCUUACUCAUUUGCUGAUGAUGCAGAUUUCCAGAUGAUUUUUAAUGAGUGUAGGUAUAACUUCUUGUUUGGAAGUGGACAGGUUGGCUGCCUUGAAUUUGUAUUUCUCCUCCACGCGGCAUGGAAAUGAGAACGCCUUCGGCUGCAUGUUAUGACUGGGUUGGUUGGCAAAGCAUUUGGGAAUCAAUGCUGGGUGGCACGUGGUGAAGCCUUGCGGACGGUUACUUCUUACAACCUGGACACUACAAUGUAAGGCGAAGAAAGGAGUGGGUUUACGGCCAAACAUUCUGCGGUGCGCACUGCGUCUGGACGGGCGGGGCAGGUGCGUGAGGGCCGCCACGCGGGGGGCCAGUCAGCCCGCAGCCUCCCUCCUGCUCUGCUCUGGGCGGUGCUGGGAGCCAGCUGUCACCCCGCCGAGCGGGGGCCUGGGCGCACAGCUCAUUGACACAGUGCUUGCCGGGGAGGCUUUAAUCCUUUUAGGGGGGAAAAUGACUGGAAAUUUCAUUUUGCUAAAGAUUCGGAUGAGGAACCGUGGCGUUUUGGGACACGGGUGAGUCACCGCGGAUCCCGUCAACACUGAGAACUGAUGUUCUUUUCUCUCAAAUGAGAAAGAAACUGAAGCAGAAGCCAUUUGCCUGUUUACUCAUUUAUCACAAUAUCCUGACUCAUCCUGAGACUGUAAGUAUCUAAGGGCUAGAAAAGGACGAUGGCUUUCACAGGGAGGGUUGUCCCCUGCGCUUCAACCCUGCACACAUCAGGCUCAGCGUUGGGUCGUGUUUACUUCACUGUGAGAUGAGAGUCAUGGGAUAAGAAAAGGCACACGCGGCUUCUCUCUUCACCAGGGCAUUUAUGUUCCAGCUGAGACCGCGAGAGGAGAAAACGCCACGUGCGACAGUCCGAGCGUGGGGCGCUCGGUGCCGGGCGUCCUCCUCUCCCCUGGGGGCUGGGGCGCAGCUCAGUGCCGUGGGGUGUGGAGGGGACAGGGGACGGUCCAUGGGCCAGCCCACGACGGGCCAGCCAGCCUCGGGAGACUCGCGUUGUCCAGCGGCUGUCAGCUCCCGGCGCGGACACGCGGGAGUGCAGACCAGGCUUUCCCCACCAGCAUGAACACACAGCGGGACCACAACCCCAAUUUUCCUUCUAGGCCGUGGUUUUUCGUUGCUUCGAUAGAAACGCACCUGGAAGCGAGGUGGUGAUCCUUACGCAAAUUGAUAGUUUAUCAUGUUAACCCAAGACUGUCGUUCUGUGUGUGAUUGAAGGACCGGAGGAAGCAUUAAAGCAGCGGUCAGUCUGCCCUCCUCGGACCAGCACGGCCACCCAGACCUUCGUGCAGGAGCAGGAUUUAGCUGUCGCCCUGUCUGGGGGCACUGUCUGCGGACCUGGGGUCAGGACAGGGGUGGGGGUGCCCCUCACAGCUGCAAAGGGAGCAGAUAAGGAAGCGGACUCGGUGGCAUGAAAGAGGACGAGUCCUGUUACCAGUCACAGGGCAAGGCUUUCCUGAGCCGGUCGGCACCAGUUACCAAGUCAUCGUUCACACAAUAGUGACUGCGUGAUGCAGGCCAGAGACGGGCCGGCUGGAUCAAGCAGAUGUUCCUUUUACUGUCAGACCGCGUGUAAUCUUUUCCUGUCCGCACGCGGUUUGUUUCACACACUGUACGCUUUUAUUCCCUUUCUGUGCGUGAUUUACAAGUGCGACGCGGAUGAGGAUGUGGCCAGCUCCACCGUGGGGGUGGGCCGUGCAGACGACACAACAUGCCCUCAGUAACACGAGUGACAGACGACAGGAAGCGUUGCUGUGUGCGGCUGACAUCCUGCCCCCGCGGCUCCAGCUCCCAGAGCGCCGUGCGUCUAAGUGGCUGGUUCUCGUCACCUGGGAGGCAACCACAGCUCCUCAGAGGAGUGUGACCAGUUCUAUGUGAAAAUCAGGACCUUAUAGAUGGAGAACGCAGCACCACACCUCACGCAAAAAAGCUGAAUGUGAUGCCGGCCAACAUCAGGGAAAUGGAGGAAGAGGAAGGUGAGUGCUAAGCAGGAAAGCGCGGUGUUGCUCCGGGCCGCUGCUGGGCUGCUUAGCAGGAGUAAGGAGAGGACAGAGGCGGCUGCAGCCUGGCCGCACUGCGCCCUGGACGUCACCAGCCGGUGGGCACGAGGGCACAACGCCCGUGCGCUGCUGUCCAGGCCAACGGGUCACAGGUGGGUGUCGGUAGGCACAGCGGGAAAGAUGGUGACGUGGACUCUCCUGAGGAAAGCAGGUCCUGGGACAGAAACCUCCCUCCACCCCCAGAACACAGGACAGUGGCCCACGCUGUCUCGGAGACGCCGCGUCAGGUCCCCGUGUCGCUGACGGAAGCCUUCGUCCAACAUGUACUGCGUGGAUUGCUUUCCAUUCCUUUCCUUUGGUGUCAUUCUGAAAUAAUCCUGAGCUAUUUCAGGUCAGAGUAACAACAUCCAGUUACAAAUCUUUCUUUCAAUAUUUUAUAUAGUGUCUCCUUUGAAAUUGAAGUGGAUAGUAUGUAAAGCCUAAGAUCGCAGACGAUCUGACAAACACAGAAAUUGGGUGAAAACCAGAUGUCAUUUUGUAAAAUUUCUGUCAAUUUUUUGGUUGAAGACUGAAGUAGCAGCCUUCAAUUUUUAAACACGAUUGUGAGCUUGUAACGGGACACGACCUGCAGUGGUUUCAGAACAAAGCUAAUUCUUUACACGCACUGAGGGUCUGAGCUCCUGAGGGUUGUCACACUGCCCUUCCCAGCUACGCACAGCGGACGCUCUAAGGAAAAUGUCUCAGUAGCUCACGGUCAGUGCAUAAUAAGUAUAAAAAGUUAAGAGAUGGAAGAUGCUGAUUUUCAGAGAUGUCUGAAGAGCCGAUGCCUUUCCAAUGUAAAGAGCAGAGUGUCUUAGACUGUAUCUUACACUAACUUUGGGCGUGAGCGUCAGGUUUGCACGCACAUGUCCUUGCAUUCAAGGGCACACGUCAGCCGAGUGUACACUAGAAGGAUGUGUGAUCCAUGUAACUGCCAUGUGUGAGCUGAGCUUCAGAGCUGGACUUCAAGCCCGUAAGAAGGGAGGGGAAAGUCAGUAGAAAUAUGAAAGUGGGAUCCCUGCAUCGUGGUAAGCCAUUCAGCUUCUGAGCAAGAGGUCAUGAACCCUCAUAGAACCAGGACAGAACGGUGACCCCGAAUAAAAUGAUUAACUUUUUGACUUACAAAGAUGUUCCUUGAGUGUGUUAUCCUCUUGUUUUUCUCCACGAAAAAAGAUCCCUCAAAGAGCAGACUUUUCUGUAGCCUUCAGUCCAUAGCUAGACUAGAUCCGGGUGUGAGACUUUGUGAUGGGCCUCACAUGUGACCACGGGGCGCUUUUCCGCGGCUGGGAGACGGCGCUGCUGGCACUGGCGAGCUUUCAUGUGAGUGUGUACUUCUUGCUAAGACGUGGAUGAAUGAGGCUGGGUGUGAGCUGUCUCAGUGUCACUAGGAUACAUGUGUCAAGUGCUCACGUGAUGCCCGUGUGAGCUCGUUUCCUCUCUGUCUCUUGGCAGCCGGGUUGUGAAGGUAAAACACACUUCCCUUGAAUGAAUGAUUCAAUCAUUAAAUCGUGUCCUCGGUUUCGGGACCACUGACAUAAUACCACAAAGACCACAUUAUCACGUGUCUCCGCACAGCUCUUCUUUCAUACCCUUGCCUGGAUACAACGAGGUGUUUAGUUCUGUCACUUCUUUUGUAUCUGGCAUGGACUCUGUUCGGCCUUUAUAGUGUCCCACGUACGACACAUCACACACAGUCUUAGCUACUCUGCUACUUCCAGACAGGAUGUCCCAGCACGCAGGACUGUGAGCCUGCUUCUGCUGCCCCUCCAAUUGUGAAAUUAUCUGUUUGCUUUGUGUGUGUCACCUGAAGACACCGGUGGCUGGCAGGGAUUUGGUCUUUAGUGUUGUGUGCAGUCUGCACCUAUAUUUGCAUGCUUUUCCACAUUCUCCUGCUCCUUGUUUUUACCGAUUUGAUUUCCCUUCCCUCUGAGAAGAGCAGAACGGGGCAGCAUGGCACGUCCGACAUGGUGCCCAGGACCUAGCCUCCGUCCCUUCAGUUUCACGCGAGGACGCAGACCCACUCGUUCCGCACACCUGUGUGGGGCUCCACCUUUGUCGAGCUGUUCCCUGGAGGAUAGUGAGACACUGUUGUCUUUGGGAUGCCAGCUACAGAAGUUUGCUUUUGGAGACUGUGUGUACAUAAUUACACAAAACUAAAUACCACAAUACAGUGUUGUUUAAGGCACAUCGUGAGUACACAAAUGCCUGAAACCUCCAUCCUUGGGUCUGUUUCUCUUUGUAAAAUACGUAGAUAGUAAAGAGAGGGAAAGAGAGUGGGGUGUGGGUGGCCGCUCUGUGCUGUGCGUCUGCAUUGGCACGUCGAUCGACCUCUAUUUUCAGGGGUUGGAGACUCACCCGUAAGCAUUGGUUUUGGGCUCAAGGUCAUGAAAAAUUUUGUUCUUAAGUAUACAAUUUUAAACAAAUAUAUCCUGUUUUUACACUAUUGGAGGGAAAUAAAUGGAGUUUACUGCUAGUUCAAUUUUGCGUGACUAUAACUUGGAAGAAACUUAGCUUUUCUCGACAACAUAAAAUCGAAUUAGUCCAGAGUCUAUGGAUGGUUUUUUAAAAGACUCGCUCAUUGACUCUGAGCAAACCGCCUGCUCCACCAGGGUGGUGACCUGUCUUCGAGAGGUUUCAACACUCGUAUGCCGGAACUGACACCAUCUUGGUUCCAACGGUGGAUCAGUACGAUGAUGAAGGCGGUCACGGCCCCUCUACACGCCCUCCGUAACCGAGACUGGGAAAUACGCACGUCACUAAGAGAUUAAGGGGGGCGGGGGCUAAUCCCAUUGAUUUAGGCAAAUACUAUAUAUAUAUAUAUUUAAAAUUGCACAUUUAUCUUUCAGAGUCAGAAUGAGAAAGAAGAAAUUACAAAGGAAAAUGGUCUCUUGGGUAAACAAUACACAUUUUAUAGCCUCCUAUGAAAAUCAUUUAUUCCAUUCUCUGUUGUGGUUGUGCGAAGUAAAGAGACUAUAAUGCAUAAAAUUAACGCAGACUUUAUUCAAAUAACAUUGAACUGUGAAGCAGAGAAAAAUACUAGAAAAUUAAAUCUUUAGGCCAUUAUCUUUUUGUUGUCUGACAAUAUUUUAACUCCCAUGAUAUGUUCAGUUGUGGAGAGUGUGUUACCAUCUAACUUUAAGGUUCUGGGUUCACAUCACACUCCACGGUCUCAGUAAGUUGUUGAUUAACAAGUAGCCUUUUGUGUGCAAGGAAAGGAAGAUGUGAAACAUCUGCUGAAUGGGCGUUCAGGUUUGUGAGUUGGUGGUCUCUGCCCGCACAGGGUUCUAGACGUUUAUACCAUCCUAAACCCGGCAGAUGUUGUAUCCUUUCAGAUAGCUUGUACUGACAAACACAGAGCUCUUUUGUGUGCAAAUAUAAGGCUAAAUCAAUGGUGCUAAUGUGUGUUAUGACUGUCAGAUACAAUCAGGCAAAAUUCUGUGGUGCUUAAUUAAUUUUGUCAUUGGUUUUACUGAUCACUACAUUGAACAGUGUUUGUUAUUCACUAUUCACAAGUUGUCUUUAUCCGUAAAGCAAGGCCUCAUAGCACAUUGCUAAGUAAACUGUUUGACGAGUCCAUGGACCAGCUCCCCAAGCUGCCAUCUCUGGACUCCUUGUACUGUUACGUCCUUGAAGGUCAAGGGGUCAUGCCAUUAACCUCACCGAUGUAGACCAUCACCAGGACCGGACUUUCCCACAAGUGCUUGUGUUUACAACACGCGUGUCACAGGCUAGGAUCACCCGCGUGGUCCCAGCCAUGGUGGUCAGAGUGAAGGGCUGUGCCGGGAUUUGUUCUGUAUUUGUUAAUUUAUGUUGUUUCCAUUCGAGGAGGGGUUGGGGUAGCGCGUUUUUGUCUGCUGUAAGUGUCUUAACCUAGGGAGGGUUAACUGGCUUUUUCCAUGAUUGCAUCAUCUGUACU